AUGGUUAGGCCAAGCACAAAAGCCGUCUUGAUGCACAAGUACGUGGUGUCGCGCGCAAACUUCUCGUUGCCAGACCCGAUGUGUGACCCGACUCUGGUGGAGAUGGAACUGCUUAAUGCCAAUGGAACCUGGAACACCAGAGAUCCAACGGAUGAGCAGAUCGACUGCGCAGCCAGUGACGUUUCUCCAAAAUAUGCAGCAGCUAACGCCAUUGCUUCGUACGCAAUGUAUUCCGCCUCAAUUCCAACUAGGGAAAAUAAUGCCAGAUACAGCUGGUCCGAAAUAUUCACAAACAUGCGUUUGUAG